CGUUCGAUAAGGUGGGCUGUUGCUGUAGCCAAACUCUUGUUCUGCCUCUGUGAAAAGUUUCGUUCAAUUGUUAAGAAAAGUUGCGAUUAAAACAGAGGCUUUUUUCUCAAUUAAAUGUAAUCCUGUGUGUGGGUAGCCCCGAUUUCAAGUUUUUUUUUCCAGUUUUAAAGUUCAUUUACAAUAGAAAAGGAUUAAAAAGAACAUAUCGUUUCUUUUCUGUGGCAGCCAUUUCAUACGUAGCUAGUAUAUUGUUUGACGUAAACUCGGCUGUGCAAGGUUGUUAUCACAUUUUACAUGCAACCGUGAGACAUUGGCCAUUGAUUUGAUCUUGUACUGCUCAUCUUCUUGCUUGCUACUUGCCACGUUAUCAUUGGAUGCCACCCACAGUUGGUAUUCACGUUGCUUAAGGAACAUAAUGAAUGUUUUUUUAAAUUUCAGUUACGUCCAAACUCGACGGCUUACUUGAUCAUCGUCUAUUCACAUCUCAAAUGAAGAAGUAGCUGCCUGAGCAUGCCUGCUUCAAUACCUGAGCAAUACGGACGCACAAAUUAUUGGCAGUUUUUUGCAAUACUAACGCAUGUGACGUAACAGCUGCCCGACAAGGAGAGCAAGUAAAAAAACGCACAUCAACCGCACACUAGUGGAAGACUCCAUUGCCGACCGUAUGGAGCUCGCUUGGAAUCCGAAGGAAUGGAAGCCUCCAUGGCUCUUUUACCAGCCGGACCUGUGGUUGAUACAGGGCGCUAGUCGGUGGUAAAAUUUGAUUUUCUAAAGGAGGCCGUGUGUCGGAGACGGAAAAGCUCCUUCUGUCAGGUACAUGGAGCACCAGGUUGACGAACUACAACUUAGUUGAAUGUUGUGCUUUGGCAGCUGCUCAAAUUUUAGGAUUUUCGUAGCUUUGAAAUUGAAUUCGUCCGUUGUAAUGACCACCGACCGGAGUGUCUAGCAAACCUAUUUGAAAUAACCUUGUGAUUCCGCACAAAGCCAACAACGAUGUUGCCCGACUUGUUUAUUUAUGGAAAAACCGAGAAGAGAAAACCGCAUAAUGUGAAGACGGAAGUCUGUUGCGGAAGUAAACGAGUAUCAGUCUAAAUCAAUUGAAAUAUGGCGAACAGUUCCUUCGAUCUUUUUGGUUAGUCGUUCUAUCCUGGCCGGCAAAUCAUCGCUUGAUUAAGCCAAGUAAAGUUAUUCAGGCCAUGGCUAAUAUCAAUGGUUUUUACGGCUCAGAGAUCGGCAUUUUCCUCUUCGCCAUGUGUCCUUUGUUACAUUUCAUUAAAAUAGUUGUCAUUUUCACGCUGCAGUGCUAUUCAUGGACUCUUGGACGAAUCGAGUCCUGAGGUGUAACUUCUGUUGAUUCGUAACAAAAGGUAUUUCAAUUUGAAAAAGUUUGAUUAGCACAACUUUUUUCUUGUGUACACGAAAAACUACUACGUGUUAACUGUUUUAAAUGUCAUUUGUGUCACAUUGGACUUGAGAAUUGAAAUGUGUGGUGAGAAUUGAAAUGUGCGGUCUACGUGUGAAGGUUAUGCUAUGAUUCAGCGAAAUUUUAGCAAAAGAAUAUUGGAAACUAAUCGUUUCCGUUGUCCAUUUUCCUUUCUUUUAGAGCGUUCUGCAGAAUGAUGCAACGUACAGGAAAACCUCGGCGUUCUCAUUCAACUCGUUAAAAAGAAUUAAGAUUGAAAAAUGUUCCAGUUUGUUCGCAAUCACGUUUUACCUAAUUGGAAAUCCAUUAUCGUUGUGUUGGCUCCGCUUCUACUUCUUCCUCUCCCAUUGUCCAGAAUGAAGGAAGCCGAAUGUGGAUACGUCAUUCUGAUUAUGGCUAUUUUCUGGAUGACUGAAGCACUUCCUCUACCCGUCACGAGUUUGAUUCCGGUAGUUGCCUUGCCCCUUUUUGGGAUCAUGGAAACGAGUGAUGUGUCUACUGCUUACAUGAAGGAUACCAAUAUGAUGUUCAUUGGUGGUCUUAUACUGGCUCUGGCUAUUCAAUUUUGCAAUUUGCAUAAAAGAGCCGCUUUGGCUGUACUUCUGCUCGUCGGUGCUAAGCCCAGAUGGCUAUUGGCCGGCUUUAUGGGAACAACAGCGUUUCUGUCGAUGUGGAUCUCCAACACAGCCACGACAGCGAUGAUGGUCCCCAUCGUGGACGCCGUUGCUGCCGAGUUGUACAAGGAAGAUGACGUGGAAAUGGUGAGAUCGCAUUCUCAAUCGACAGUGGCUACCAAUUCUGGUAGUGUCGAAGAGCUAGUCCCAUCUGAGUCGAUAGAAACCGAAAGACAAUUAGCAGCGGUAGAAAAGGAGAAGAGGAGGAAAGUCCGAGCUGGAAUCAUGAUUUCCACAUCAUAUUCAUCAGUCAUCGGUGGAACUGGAUCUCUGAUCGGAUCUUCACCUCAAUUAGCUUUAAAAGGGAUCGUUCAAGAGACUUUCGGAGCGACGGAAAUGAAUUUUGCAAGCUGGAUGGCUUUCACUCUUCCAGGCAUGUUAAUUAACUUGCUCUUCACUUGGAUUUGGCUUCAAGUGAUCUUUAUUGGUUUAUGGAGGGAAACGGACGGAGGAAGAGAUAAAGAAGUAAUCAAAGUGAUCCGUCAAAAGUUCAAAGAUCUCGGCCCAAUGACAUUCCAUGAAAUCGCUGUUCUUGUUCUCUUCAUCCUUUGUGUUGCACUUUGGUUCUUCCGUGACCCAGGAUUCAUGCCCGGCUGGGCACAGCUAUUCGGGAACGCAGAGAAGGUUGAUGACGCAACAGCUGCUAUGCUUAUCGUCGUGUUGCUAUUUAUUAUUCCUGCCAAACCUUCGUUUCGGUGCCAAGAAGAGCAACCAGAAACUGACAGAGGGGCCCACAAACUAAGCCCGGCUCUUUUAGAUUGGAAAUAUGUUCAAGAAAGACUUCCUUGGGGAGUCAUUCUUCUCUUAGGUGGAGGUUAUGCUUUGUCGGAUGCCACUAAAAAAUCUGGGUUAUCUAAUUGGAUUGGUGUGCAAUUGGCUGGCAUGGUAGUUUUGCCUCCAUUCCUCAUUAUGCUAGUUGUUUGUGUUAUCACGGCAACUAUAACCGAAGUUGCAUCUAACACCGCAGUGGCCAACAUAUUUCUCCCGAUUCUCGCGGACACGGCGAUAGCAAUCCGAAUCAAUCCUUUAUACUUCAUGAUACCCGUGACAGCCACUUGCUCGUACGCUUUUAUGCUGCCAGUAUCCACUCCACCAAAUGCGAUUGCAUUCUCCGCGGCUAAAAUGAAGCCAAACGAAAUGAUGAAAGCGGGCUGGUUUAUCAAGUUGGUGUGCGUUUUCGUCAUAUGCGUAACUAUGGAGACGUGGGGUAACGUUGUCUUUGGAAGCAAACACUUUCCAGAAUGGGCCAACGUCACCGCAAUCGCUUCGCGUACUUAGCGCAAUAUCCUGUUUUAUCUAUUUCAACUGAAUUUUUCAAAUUUUCUGAUACGAAAUGGAGUGUUUGAAAGCCAUCUGUUUUCACAUGCGUUUAAAAAACCGAUAUGUUAAGCAAAAACUGUGAUGUGAUGGUCUAAGUUGUUCAACCUGACCAUAACAAUUUUUUGAAGAGACUUUAGCUAAAGCGUUGCGGAGCGACUCACGGUGUUCGUGGAAUAUGUGAUAGCCAAAAUUUGAAAUAAAAUAAAAGAUUGCAAAAAAUUA